UUCCUGUCGGCUUCGUUCAGGUUUGCACGUUGUAAUUUCUGCUGGAGAUAUUUGUGCUCCUCCAUAAUUUGCUGAAGAUACUUUUGAACAGAACCGUUCUUGUACAAGUCACCCACAUGGUUACUGUGACAGAGGCGUCUUGACCCCAAAGCAACACAGCUUUGCACCACUAAUACAUUAGCAUGAUAUGCACUACUAUGUCCUGAGAUUGCCCUCCAACGUCCUCUUUUCAGACUGCUGUACACUUCACGGUUAGUGACGGAACAAAAGCGGGACCAACUGCGAAAAAACAUUUGAUAACUCACUCGUUUACAUACAUACUACCGAUAUAAAAUUGGUAUAAUAAGUGUAAAAAUAAUACUGAAGCACCAUGCAACAACAGAACGCAACCCGGAAGUAGUUUGAGAAAUGACUCAAGGGCGCUUUUGAUAUAAUAAUAAUCGACUUUGGGCUUAUUUUUUUGUAAUGUCGCUUUGAGAUGCCCAAUUUCCCUGUUGUUUUAGGUUAUUUUUUGUAAAGUCGCCUGUUAAACUCCAAGUUCCUUGCUGUUUAGGGUCUGUUUCCACAGCGCUUGUCUCUUGUUUCUCUCGCGAGACCAAUGCAUGACUGGCUGCCGCAGAGAACGCUGGGAGUUUGAGUUUUAAGCUAUGAAACGGUAAUGGCCACGCGGUUGAUAUAUGCAUCUUAGUUCGUUUAUGUAAAUUUGUCACUAAAACGUUAUAAGACAGCUGUUGAAAUGGCGGCUUGUGCGGAUGAAGGCCAGAACCAAUUAUCAUUAACCCAAGCCUUGGAAAACGUUAGCCAACAUGGCUACACUCAGACGGCAGUGCUUCAAGAGAACCAGAUGAUUCUCAGCUCCCUACAGGUGACUCUGGCAGAUUUGCAGAAGACAGGUGAUGAGGCUGAGAAAAAGCUGAGAUGUGAAGUCGCUAAAGUCCUCUUCCUGGAGAAUGAGAUGAUGCAUUUGAAGCAGGAGAUGCAGGCCCGACAUGACCAGUGUGCUGCCAUCCGAGCGGACAACACAAAACUCCUCGAGCAAAUAAGUGAAGCCGAAGAGAAGGCCUGCACGUCACAGACACAGUUUGACAUUUAUCGAACAAAGAUGAACGACCACAGGCUGGCGAUUUUACAUGCGGCGGGCUUGUCUUUGGUGUGCAAGGAGCUGGAGGAGAGGAAGGCGCUGGUUCAGAGGCUGAGGAAAGCCAAGGAGGAGCUGAAGGAGGAUGUAAAAAAUCCCCAAGGAAGCACAGUGCUGACGGCAAAGAGAGAGGUUGAUGCUCUGAAAGAGGAGAUUGCUGCCAUGAAGAAAACUAUAUCGGAGAGGAGAGAAAAUCUGCAGAAGGAGUUGCAGACCCAUGCCGAGAUAAAGAAAGACAUUGAGAUUCAAAACAAGCGCUUUGAAGCCAUGGUCAAGUACUUCCGUCGCCAACUGAGCAGGGCGCGGGCUUUCCACGGGCAAAUGUCCACCGAGAUCGCCGACCUGAAGAGACAGAUAGCUGAGCUCAAAAGAAAGGUGGGAUCAUCCAAUGGUUCUGUGGUUAGUGAUGAAUAGAUCCUGUAUAGCUGCAGAAUAGUGUGGAUUGGAAAGGAGGUUGUUCAUGCAAAUAAGCAGCAGAGGGCAGCAGUCUCAAAUGUACGAACUUGACAACGUGACCCAGUCAUUAUAGAUGGUUUUCGUAAACAAAGGUAUGGAUAUGCUGAGUUUUCACAUUAUUGCAUCAUUUAGUUGCUUAAAUUGGAAGUAGCAGGGAUAUAUAUGUGUAUACAUGAUGUAUAUGUAUGGUAUAUAAACCCACACAUAUCCAGACAGUGUUGGGGUGCCUUAGCAGCCAUGCAGAACAAAAGCUGCAACUGUCGAUAUGUUUUGGUACACGCUGUUCCAGCUUCCGCCUCACUGAUUGGCCUGAUGGAGGGCGAGAUGACGGUUCUACUGUGGGCUAACCAGGACGACUCUUGACCUCUUCAGCCAUAUCUCAAAAGCAAUUAACAAGCAGUACUAAUAUUGGAUAAUUUGGGGGCACUGUUCCAUAUCAGGGUGUACUAUCAAAUAGACUUGUGGGAACCCUUCUAGGGAUUUCUUAUUGGGAGUAAAUGAGCUGAGGUUCUUGUUGCUCUCAUGCUAUUGUUACGCAAGUACAGUUUUGUUUAUUUGGGUACAUGACAAAUAGGAAGUUGAUACACCCCUGCAAAGCAUAUUGUUCCGAUGUGUCUGUAUGAACACCACCACCAGCUAGUGUACGUUACCAAUAGUGGUUGACAUGAAUAAGUUGUACAAAACAAUGGCUGUAUUUCUGACAGUUACAAAUUAAAAGGCAUUGGACCUCCAAGCUCCAGUCCAUGGUUCUCACCCGGAAAGGUGUGGAGUGCCGUCUCAAUGUUGGGGAUGAGAUUCUGUCCCAAGUGGAGGAGAUUAAGUACCUAGGGGUCUUGUUCAAGAGCGAGGGAAGGAUGGAGAGGGGGAUUGGUGCAUCUGCAUCAGCCCGUUGUCGUGAAGAGCGAGCUGAGCCAAAAGGCAAAGCUCUCACUUUCCUUCCCUCACCUAUGGUCAUGAGCUUUGGGGUGUGACAGAAAGAACAAGAUUUCCGGUUCAAGCUGCUGAAAUGAGGUUUCUCCGUGGGUCUGGGCUGGGCUCUUCCUUAGAGAUAAGGUGAGUAACUUCAGCUGCUGCUCCUUUGCAUUGAGAGGAGGCAUCUGGUCAGGAUGCUCUCCGGACCCCUGAGGUGUUCAGGGGACAUCUGACUGGUAGGAGGUCUUGGGGCACGUUGGAGAGACCCUGCUUAGGCUGCUGCCUCCGGAGAUCCGACCUUGGAAGAAGAUGGAUGGUUGGUAUGGAUAAAGCCCUUAAACCUUUGUUCUGCCUGAAUAAAAUACAGUGGAAUCUUAAUUUGUUCCAAAAGGUCAGAUGAAAACGAGACAAUUGGGGGAGAUGGAAUGUAAUUCAUUCAAUGAAUUGUUUCUCACCAUUACCAAAUUGCUGGCACACAAAACUUUGGCCCCAUGGUGGGUUAUUUAGGAGUCGGUCAGUACAAAGAUGCAUGGCAAGCAAGUCAGCAACACGUAGUCUUUUGUUUUGGGACACCACCGAUACAGUACAGGACAAACGCUACUUGGUAAUGGUUUUAUUUCAUUUGAACAUGCAUCAGAUUACAAUUGAGUGUAUCAUAUAAUCAGUUCACAGUUCCACAUGUCCAAAAGGAGUAGGAAGAAGCAAAGCUUAUUAAAUCCUACCCCUCCAUCUGGUACUUUUACAAUCAGUAACUGUUUCAUUUGUUCACUUCCUGCUUUCCAUAAUACAGUUUUUUUUAAUAAUGCACCUCGUACCGAAGUAGAAGGUGAUACUUGAUGUCCAAUAUUGUAGAAAAACCAAAGUGGGGUUCAGACGUUUAUAAUUUUUUGCAUGUCGCUCCACCAUAAAAGUUUCUGGGCCCAGUUCCUUGAAGGGGCAUUGUUGGGGUCCACCUAGUUGGUGUGGGACGUCUGCUGUGCCACUUGACCAACUCUCUGGUCUGACAGUGCUCUUUACUCCUUCCUGUUGACACAACAGCGGCCAAGCCCGUCUUCACACAAGCAGUCAAAUUACACACAUUACAUCACAUUGACAUUGAGGCUGCACAUAUGCUGUGUGUCAUUUUUCAUUAAAUACCUUUUUGUGGUGCUCUUAAAAUCUUGCAAGUGCAGCAAAGUAAACUGAGCUAAUUAGGUUGUUGUUGUCACAUCAGUAGUUUUUAAUUGUGGCGCAUAUUCUGCUCUGCUUUGGCAGCACUUCAAGGCCUACUGAAAGCGAGUGGCCGCAGGGAGGUUUGAAGUUAACAACCAGCAGGAAAAACAAACAAAAUUAAAUGAAACUACCUUCUCAGGUGUGAGUGGACUUAAGGGCUAAAUUCUCCUUAUGUGUUGAUGAAGGCGUGUCAUGGACAGGGAAACCAGGUGAAGGUGUUCAGUGCUACUGUAGAUUGUGAAUGGAAAGGAGAACAUGGGAUGAGGGAAGUCAGGACUGACUCAACAGAAAGCCAGAAAACCAUCCUCGACUUUGGCAAACUCUUGGAAGUGCAAGGUUGCGUGACAGAAUACACUGAUGCACACUAAAUCUGACUGGCAUCUGUCUUGUGGUGUUAGCCGACAGACAGACAUUAUCACUUCAAAAUGGCGUACCCUCGACCUUAGGAACUUAGGACACUGGUGAGGAGGAUCAUUUGGUUCCAGGAAGUGGCACAAGCAGCCACUCACACCUUUCCUCUACCUCCGUUCUCGGCCUGGUCGUCUGGUAGUGGAUUUCAUUAUCCACUCUGGAAAUCAUUGAGCAGACAUAGUUUGACAUCACUGUGAAAAGGGCUGAUGGCAAUGAGGACACUUUGAAUUUGAGACAGGCAGCCCACGCUGGGGUUGCAACUUCAGCUGAGGCGGCUUUUUGACUUCCCACAUUUCUUGCAUUACAACCACCCCUUGUGAGUGUAUGAAAUUGUGAAAGGAGACCUUCUCGGAGAACAGUUUCGCAAGGAAAGUGAAUGUGAAAGCCAAUGUCAGCACAUCAAGCAAUAUUCUGUUGAUGAAUUUUCAUAUCUUGUGGCAUGACUAACAUUUCAUGCAGGCCUGCACCUGUUGUGUCAGCAAGCACACGUGGGACGAGUGUGUGCGUGCGCUCUAUGUCCAGAUUGUGAUGGAACAUCCUGUCCUUCACAGAUUUAAAUGACAGAGCGGCUGGCUGGGGGGGCGGGGUUUUGUCUUU